AUGAAGACAGUCUACCACAACGGGGUCAUCGUCACCGGCAAUCGACAACAGGACAUAUCGACCGCCCCAACCUGCCUAGUCGUCGAGAACGAUCUCGUCGUCUACGUGGGAAAUGACGAUAACCUCUUCAUCGUCAAGACCAUGGAAAACACAAAAACGAAAAAAGUCAACCUAGAAGGAAGAAUCAUCCUCCCCGGCUUCAUCGAUGGACACAUGCACCUCCUCUUCUUCGGCGCCAGCCUCUCCAAAAUCGACCUCGAAUCCUGCAAAAACCUAACCGACAUUCGCACCACCAUCAAAUCAGCCGCGCAGCAAAACCCCUCCGCCAAACGCCUCUUCUGCCGCGGCUGGAUGCACCCCAUGACCAACGGCAUUGCUCUCGCAAGCAUGAUCGACGACCUUGACCCACAGCGACGCCCAAUCUUCAUCGACUCGAAGGACCUGCAUUCGACAUGGUGCAAUACCGCCGCGCUGAAGGAAUUGGGCGUUGACGAGAACACACCGGACCCCGAGGGCGGGGAGAUAAGUCGUGACCCUGAAACAGGGAAGCCGAAUGGAUUGUUGAGCGAGGCUGCGAAUGUGAAUAUCGCGUGGCCGCAUGUAGCCCGUGUUGCGACUGUGGAUGAGCGCGUGGGGUACAUUCGUGACGCGGUGGAAGCGUAUAAUGCAGCGGGGUACACAGGGAUAACGGAGAUGGCGACUGACCAUACAAUAUGGGAGGCUAUGCGUGUUCUCCGCGAGCAGGAAGACGUGCCGAUUCGUAUGGCUGCAUACUGGAUUAUCACGCCGUGCAAGACGGAUGAGGAGAAUCUGGCCCAGGUGGAUAGGGCGAUUGAUCUGCAUAGACAGUAUAACAGCAGCACAUCGCCUGAUUUCCGUAUCGUUGGUAUAAAACUCAUCUGUGAUGGUGUCGUCGAUGCGUGCACUGCGUCUUUACUCGAGCCAUACUCCACGAACGGUGCUAAUGCAGAAACGGUCUGGGCUUCGGAUGCUCUCCGUAAAGUCGUUGAAAAAGCCGAUGCAGCAGGUCUCCAGUGUGCCCUGCAUGCUAUUGGCGAUGCAACCGUGAAACUAGCCAUUGAUACACUCGAGGCCGUUGGCACGCCAGGUCGCCGCCACCGCAUCGAACAUCUCGAGCUUACGGCGCCGGAGGAUGCGAAGAGGUUGGGUGAUGUGGGUAUCACGGCGUCUGUACAGCCUGUGCAUGCGGACCCUGCUAUUCUCCGCGCGUGGUCUGCGCUCCUUGGUCCCACUAGAUUACAGCGUGCGUUCGCAUACAAGGAGUUCCUGGACCAUCACGCGCCGUUGGCGAUCGGAACCGAUUCACCAACAGCACCGCAUUGGCCGCUAAAGAAUGUGUAUACAGCAACCACACGGCGGUCAGCAAGGGAACCGGAGUACGAAACGAAAGUGAACGAGCAUUUUGCGCUGGGGUUAGGAGAAGCUGUUUCUGCGGGAACGGCGGGGAGUGCGUACUCGACGUUUGCGGACGGGUUCAUUGGGACCUUGGGGGAAGGGAAGAAGGCGGACUUUGUCGUUUGGGAUAUGCAGUGGGAGAAAGAAAAGCUGUUGGAAGCGGUUGUAUAUGAGACGUAUUUUGGGGGAAGACAAGUCUAUCAUCGUUCUUAG